CCCGAUGCCAUGACGCAAUCAAUAAGCGACGACAGCUUGGGUUGUUGUUUCUUCAAAUCGUGGCCAGACGGAAUUCAGUUUCUAAUUUCAUUGACAAGGAAAUUCAUCUACCACUGAGGAGCGCUUGAAACCUGCCAUGCUGUAGUCUGCUGUCAUCAGUGAUUUCUAUGGUGGGAAAGACUUGAGAACAACUACUUUUACAAAUAGCAACGGUGCUUCCUGAAGAAUUCCUGGAGGGAAGUGCGAGGAUAAAAACUGAGGAAGAACACACCACAUUACUUGUAAUUCAGCAAACCAAAGGGGAGGAGAGGACAGGUGUGCAAAGAGGAGGUGUUGGGGAUGGGGUUGAAGAGCCAAAGGAGGACGUCAUGGUUCACAGCGGCUCUGCUUCCCCAAUGAAAACAACAUCAUCAGCAUCGCCUGAUUUAACUGUUUCUGCUACAGCACCUCCUCUUGUGCCUCCUGCUGGCUGUACUACAGAUCAGGACAUAACUGAGACCUCCACCAAACUCCUCACCACAGACCUCACCGCCAACUCUGAUUUAGCUCAACCCCCUGCUUUGACUUCUGCUAAUGCAGAGCCUCCUGUUGUAACCACAGUAAAAUCACUAAGCACUAACUCAAGUCCAGCAUUAGACAGGUCCUCUGCUCCGACACCAAACCCUGCUCAGGGCCCAGUCAAUGGCCGUACAUCAGGCAGGAAGAGGACUCCUAAAGCCUGUGACUGCUGUGGCCCCAACAGUGCGGGACACAAUGCCAGAAACUCAAGCAGAGGGAGGGGAAAAGGGAGAGGAAGAGGGAGGGGGGCUUAUAAGGACCUUGGGGACAUCCCAAAAAGAAAAGUGGGCCAGUUGACACGUAUCAAGAGCUUUGAUUUGACCAAGAAGCAAGUAGAGGAGGCAGAGGAUGAAGGUGACGUGUAUGAGAAGGUGGAAAUGUCUGUAGCGGUGGCUGAUACUCAGCCUCAAAGCACCGUCGCCAUGCCUGUCACAGUCUCCUUGCAGGAUGGACCAAUGAGGAACUGUGUUGCUCCAGAGAAAGGGGACGCACAGAUAAAGGAGAACACAUUGAUUGAGGCCUCAGGGGUUGCUGGGGCAGUAGGAAAGGGAGAUGGGAAUGACAGAGGUACAGGGAUUUUUUUGUUAGGAACAACAGGCAGAGGAGCACUAGUGGUGAGAGGUCAAGGGAGAGGAAUGGUGAAACCUCCUAUUACUUCGAAAAUGGAAGUUAAUGUUGAAAUAAAAGGGGGUGUUGUCAUCAGUUCUAAAGCAGAUGCCUUAAAUCAGUCAGUGUUAGGGCAGGGGGGAAACCAAAAUGUACAGACGCACCAUGGAGACCAGUUUUACCCCAGCUCAGUCAUAUGUCCAUUGGGCAAUGGAGACACAGUAAGCCUAUCUGACACCGAAGGGGAGUUGGAGGAGGACAGCAUGAUUGUGACUGAACCUGGAAAUGCCCUACUGUCCAUCUUCAGGCAUUCAGGUAACGCUUCAAGAUCAGAAACUCCCCAGGACCUUGACUCUGAGAUGCAGGUAGACCAAAUCCCUGAUGGAACAGACCAAGUUUCUUUACCAAUAACACUGUCCAAUGGAAAUGCCCCCACACUAACAGACUCUGGUCACAAAUCCACAACUACGGAAGUGGAAACUUCUCAUCCAGCUUCCUCUCCAAGUCACUGUCCUAUCACAGUGAGCAGCAUGCAGCACGACUGGGCAUUAGGAGACCACAGACUGUACUGUUGGAGUGGCACAUGGGAGAAAAAUGAGAUGGAAGAAAUGUCGGGUAAGAGUUGGUCAGAAGAAACGGAUAUGGAUGAAAAGAAUGAAGAAAGCCUGGAGCAACUUACUGACAUGAUCCACGACUUUCUGGAGAGCUUCUAUGUCAAAUAUGGCAGCUUCAUUCCUCUUAGUGAAUCUGAUGUCCUGGAACAUCUGAAGAAGAAAGGCAACUCUGACCUCAGCAACAGUGGACUGGACAUCAAAGGGGAGAUGACUCGGUACAGGGCAGGGCUGGCCUCUGCUCCUAUUGCAGGCUUUAUGGUCAUGUAUAAUAAACACACACUGAGCCUGGAGGACCUCGGCACGCUGGAGGAACAGAACUGGCUUAAUGACCAGAUUAUCAACAUGUAUGGAGAGCUCAUUAUGGAAGCGACAGAGCACAAGGUUCAUUUUUUCAACAGCUUUUUCCACAAGCAGCUGGUUGCCAAAGGUUACGAUGGUGUGAAGAGAUGGACUAAAAAAGUUGACCUGUUCUCCAAGUGGCUGUUGCUCAUUCCCAUCCAUUUAGAAAUCCACUGGUCCCUCGUCACGGUCACCAUGGCAACCAAAACCAUCAGUUACUAUGACAGCCAAGGGAUUGUCUUCAGACACACCACAGAUAACAUUAUGAAGUACCUUCAGUCUGAAGCCCGAGAGAAGAAACAGACAGCUUUCCAGAAAGGCUGGAAGAUUACCAUCAUUAAGGGUAUUCCCCAGCAGAAAAAUGACAGUGAUUGUGGAGUUUUUGUCCUUGAGUACUGCCGUCGUCUCUCUGUGAAGCAGCCUCUGCUGUUCAGUCAGGAAGACAUGCCUCACAUCCGCAAGAGAAUCUACAAGGAGCUGUGUGACUGUUGCCUCAAUGACUGAAGGACAGAAUAACGGUCGCCUUCACUCCCUGGCUGCUUUCCUGGUUACAUGAGACGGCCUCUCCAAGUCUGUCAGAUGGCCUGUCUCACUGACAGCCCGUUACAUAAGCUAACACAACCUGGCCAUCUGUAUUCCAGGGAGGCCUCACCACCAAUCUGCCUGACUGACAGCAGAGUGGACAUCACUUGGGACUUUUAGUGACUUCUGGAGUUCAGUAGCAGUCUGGAGCGAUGCAGAUUCUUACUUGCAAAGAACUACUGACGUGGCGCCCUACUGACCCUCAAAAAUGCUGGACCUGUACACUUCAGGUUGCUUUUGCUUUCUACGUUAACCAUCCUACGAGGAUAUUAAGCAAACAGCCGCCUUUAUGGACACAACGGAACGCUGACUUUGACUGAGGAAACAAGUGUUAUACCAACCUGGAUCAAUAAUGGACAUCCAGCCCCAAUGGAGUGGCCUUACCUCGUAGAUGGCCAUUUUAAACUGGCAUUUUUAACAGUUAAUUUUAUGCUGGACUCUACAGCAGUAUCAUACUUACGGUUAUAUGCACGUUUGAUAACAUGUUAAUAAAGCAGUGGGCCAGCUGUUCACUUUAAACUUGAAGGUGUGAGUCGGGUUCGUGCUCUCAGACUACAGAUGUUUGCACGGCUAGAGGCUGAUCUAUUGAAGUCUACAAUAUCAACUGAAUGUAACGAUAUGUUUUCUUCUUCCUACCGUACAGUCGAAUGGCUUGAAAUGGGGGAUAGUAUUUUUUUCAAGGUAGUUGUUGUUUCAUGUGUCAGGUUUUUGACACCUUAUAAUGAUUGACUUCCAAAUAAAAUUCCAAUUUUCCCAUCACAUUAUGUACUUUUUCUUUGCUUUUUGUUUGUUUUUGUUUUUUGUUUUUUUUGCUGUGACCACAUUCUCAUGGUAGAAUUUUAAAGCAAUUAUUUGAUGUUACUGUAACAUUUGAACUCAUCCGUUUUUCAAGCUGUACAGCUAGCUGCUGCUAUGUGGACCACCAUUUCUGGCUGAGGAGUUUCUCCAACUCUGUGCCGUCACUGCUUCACAUGGAUGCGUUAAGACGGGUGGAAAGUCGUGGCCUCUUACCAGAGAAACAAGUGAACCUCAGCUAUUUUGGUUAAAUCUUGUCUGACCUUGAUUUUGUUGUCAUAUUCACUUCUAUGUAUUUACAGAUUGUAUUGUACCUUUACUGGCCUACUACUGUAUGUGCUUGCUUUGGCUAAAAACCGCAAUGGUUUUCUGGACUGUUUUUAUUGUUGUUAUUAAAAGGCCAGUACUGCUGGGA